AUGUCACUUCGUCCCAAAAGAAUAGUAUUUGAUAAAGUUUUUGACGAGUUCAAACUAGAUUUAGAACAAUUAUUUAAUUUUUCUGGAUUAGAUCGAGUAUCAGGGAUGAAAAUGUAUCAUGCGUAUGCUCGAAAAUGGAAACAUUAUCAAUUGGCAUCACAAUUUUCUAGUAUGAUUUGUGAGUAUCUUAAUAAACGGAUAUUAGAUAAUAGUGAAUUCAAAAAUCGAGGAAUAUCAACAGCAACAGCAGCCGCGGAUAAACAACAAUUUGUUGAAGAUGGAAAAUAUAAAAGACAAACCAUUCAUGCGUUGGCAUAUUUAAUAUGGAAAGAACGAGUUAUCAAUGAUAUUAAAAGUAAACAUUCGGAUCGACUUAUGUAUCAAAUAUUUGAAAUGAUUCGAAGAGAUAGAGAUGGAGAAGAUACAGUUCCGGAUGUGGUUACUGAUGUUAUUAAUUCACUUGUUGAACUCAAUUUCCAAACCGAGAAACAACAAUUACAUUUAUAUCAAGAAGAAUUUGAAAAACCAUAUUUGAAAAUGACUCGACAAUAUUAUGAAAGAGAAUCAGCUGCGGUAAUUGCAAAUGGAAGCAUUUCACAAUAUAUGAAUAAGGCAUGCGAAAGAUUAAAUCAAGAAGUAGCACGUAACAAAAAAUAUUGUCACGAAUCAUCACAUGAAACUAUAAUCAAAGAAUGUGAAACUCAAUAUGUGGCAGCACAUCAAUCACGAAUACAUGGUGAAUUUGAGUCAAUGAUAUCAAGUGAAAGAUUUGGAGGAGUUAAUCCGUUAUUAGAAAUAUUUGAACAAUAUAUUACAAAUAUUGGUAAAGGAUUAAUUGCCGGAAUGGGAAAUUCUAUAACAAAGGAUCCAAGAGAAUAUGUAGAAUCAUUAAUGAAUCAUCACAUAAAAUAUAUGAAUCUUUGUCACAAAGUAUUUAUCAAUGAUGCAGCAUUUGUAGCUGCAGUUGAUAAAGCUUUUAGAACAGUGGUCAAUGAUGUAAAUACUAAUCCAGUAGCUCAAGCUCCAGAAGUUUUAGCUCGAUAUUGUGAUGUAUUGUUGAAGAGAAAUAUUAAAGGUGGUUGGAGUGAACAAGAAGUUGAAGAUAAAUUAAAUAGGAUGAAAGAUAUUUAUCAAAAAUUUUAUUCAAGAAUGUUGGCAAAACGUCUUAUUUAUGGAAAUUCUGCAUCAGAAGAAGCCGAAGCUAAUAUGAUAUCACGUCUUAAGAAUUCAUGUGGUGUAGAAUAUACUAGUAAAUUACAAAGAAUGUUUACUGAUAUCACAAUAAGUUCUGAUAUUAAUGAUAGUUUUGCUGUUUAUAUGAAAAAAACUCCUGCAAAUGAUGCAAAUGGAGGAGGAACUCCAAUGGUAGAUUUUUCUAUUUUGGUUUUGACUGCUGGAGCAUGGCCAUUAACCCAAGCAUCAACUACAGAAUUUCAAUUACCAACUGAGUUGGAAAGAAAUGUUUCUCAUUUUUCAACAUUUUAUAAUGGUCAUCAUACUGAAUUAAAGUUAAAUUAUCUUGACAAACGAUACGAAUUUUCAGUUUCACUUCAUCAACUUGGUGUCCUACUCUUAUUCAACAUCGUUACUAUUUAUACUUUUAAAGAUAUUAGAGAUCAUACUGGAUUGACUGAAACACCACAAGAAAAUGAUGCUACCCGAAAAGGUGUAGAUGAAGAUCGUAAAUUAUAUCUUCAGGCAUCUAUCGUACGUGUAAUGAAAUCGCGUCAGACUCUUUCACAUAAUUUAUUAAUAAAAGAAGUUAUUGAUCAGGCUAAAACAAGAUUUAAUCCUAAUGUGGCGAUGAUUAAAAAAUUAUUUUUCUCAUCCACUGCCACAUUAUUUGACAACGACCUUUUGAAUUCACGAGCUCAGGUUAAGUCCCAUCUUAAAGAACAAGGGUUUUCUGGAAUCCUCAGCACCAAUGCACCUGCUUUCAUGAACGAUGAUUUGCUAGCACUAAAUGUGAGCUUCGAACCAUCUCUCAAAAACGAGAUCCUCCCUGAUUGUGUAGAAGAACAAUUACAGACAGAAAAUUUAAUGUUAAAAAUCUUACCUCAAUUUCGGAUAAUCACGUCAAAGCAUCAAAGCAUUCAUAAAAGCUCUGCACAGAGUUGCAAGAAUUUAGGUGCCGAUGAAGGCUCAGAUGAAGCUAUAACUGACACACUGGUAAAUUGUACAGCAAGACCUGAAUUCGUAGUUGAUAAUGAUGAUGUUUCUUUGGUUGUUAUAGAUGUCUAUGAUGUAUUUAGGGAUCAAAUUGUAUUUGGUGUUCGCGUCAUCUCCACAUAUUUUACAUUUAAUAAAACUAUAAUCCCUAUUGCAUAUUGGAAGGAACUUGAAUCCGGUUUACCAAAGAAUGAAUCGGUCGUAAUUAAAAAGAUGGCCAGAGAAUAA